UUCCGGUACAAACGGGGGAGCAAAUCAAGGCGAUUGACGCGCGAGAUCAUGUAUGAUGGGAUCCCGGUUUGCGAAAUCAUCGGACAUUGCUGAAAAAAAAGUAACAGUCUUCAUGAAGUUUUAAGUGUCACACACACUCAGCUGCAAACACCGGACACAUUUUCAAGAUGCCCAUUCCUCCCCCUCCACCCCCAGGUGGACCCCCUCCUCCCCCCACCCUUAGCCAGGCGAACACAACCCCUCCUAAGCUGAACCGAGAUGAAGCAAAGGGACGAGGGGCAUUGCUUUCUGAAAUCUGCAAAGGGUCCAAGUUGAAGAAGGUUGGCGUUGUCAACGACAGGAGUGCACCGAUGAUCGAGAAGCCAAAAGGAGGCAGCGGAAGCGUGUCCAGCGCUGGUGGGUCUUCUGCACCGGUCCAGCCAGUGGGAGGGCUGUUUCAGGGUGGCGUCCCAAAAUUGCGACCUGUAGGAGAUGGUUCUGCUGUCAGGUCUGUGUUACACCCUCCUAGCACUCGUUCUGCUGCCCCACGGCCACCCGGCAGUCACGAUGACCCCGACAGUUCCUCUCAACAGGCCUCUCCUACAGAAUCUGGCCGUUCCCAGAGACCGUCCCUGCCCGAUCUUUCUCAUUCCCCUGGUGGAGGCAGCAGCCCCUCUACAGGCAUGAAGCACAGCUCUUCUGCCCCACCUCCGCCACCCCCAAUGUCUCGGCGUGGAAACGCUCCUCCUGCCCCACAGCAGAAGGCCACCUCGUACAAUCGAGAAAAGCCACUUCCGCCGACUCCGGGUCAACGAGGACCCUCUCCAGCACCGGUGCGUGAAAACGCACCACUUCCACCAGUGAAGCCUCCUCCGUCACCCGUGAGCAACCGCUCAUCUUCUUCCUCCUCCUCUUCCUCCCUGGCCCCGCCGCCACCCCCGUACCGUCAGCAGUCCGUGGUUUCCAAUGGCCCCUCCAGUCCUGUGAAUGAAGCUGCCCCUGAACUUCCCCAGAGACACAACUCGCUCAGCAAGAAGCCGUCAGCGGGUGGACACACACCGACACGUGGGCACGCGCCUCCUCCGCCACCGUCACCCAGCCCACAGGCCGCCAGACCCCCUCCUCCAGCACGAGAGCCCCCGGGACGAGGAGCAGCCCCUCCAGUUCCUGCGCAGCCGUCACGGAAUGGCCGGGAUGCUCCGCCGCCACCGCCGCCUCCGUAUCGGACUCACGGUAGCACCUCGGACGUCCCGAGCCGAGGCAAGCCCCCUCCUCCCCCCUCCCGCACACCAGCCGGACCCCCGCCCCCUCCCCCGCCUAUCCGCAACGGACACACUUCCAUUUCCCGUUCCUUUGUAGAUGAUUUUGAGUCCAAGUAUUCUUUUCAUCCCCUGGACGACUUCCCUCCUCCAGAAGAGUAUAGACACUUCACUAAGAUAUACCCAAGCAAAGCUAACAGAGUAAUGAGAGGAGCCCCUCCUUUGCCACCUGUUGGGAGGUAAACACUGUGACCAGUCGCUCGGGCUGCAUCGGCGACGAGGGUUCUUCACGCGGACCCAUGCGCUCAUAAACAGACAAUCUCACAUGCACAUCUAAAGACACAAAGCUUGCACCUUAUUAACAUCCAUUCCCCCAUCGGAUAACAUUCCUCUCAGCUCCAUCGCGUCACUUUUGUCCUGCGCGGAGGAGGGAAAGGUUUGCGUUCCACCAUCAAUAAUGGCCCACUUUAUUUUCCCCCUUGACAUUUCACCGCAUUUGGUUUAAUGUGCACUGAGAGCUAGCAGAAGUGUAAUGGCGUCCGAGCCUGUGUGUAGGUAAUGCGUAGCGCUUGAGAUGGGAAGCGGAAAGCGUGUCCCUGGAAAAUGUCUUAACUACCAAGUCAUGUUCAAUGUCUUGUUGUUUAUUUUCCCUCUCUCGGUCGCUACCCCAUGUUAUGCACUGUGAAUAACGCGAGUCACGUAGCUGAGCGUGAACUGAACUGUAAAAACUGCUAUUGCUUUAGAUGUUUUUUUCGUUUUUGUCUUUGGUCUUCGUCGUGCCCCUCUACAGGGAACAGCCAUUACCUUUAAGUUCUCUCAGGGGGUUUGUUGGACUUCAUUACCCUCCGGUAAGUUGAAACAGGUCCAAAAGUGCCAACAGAUGCUCUGCCAUUAAUAAAUCAGCACGGAUCCUCCUUUGGGAACCAGCAGUUUUCAUUGUUUUUAUUUCAGAUUUGAAGUUGUCGUCCAGCAAUACUCCUCACAUUUUUCACCUGGCUUCCCUGUAAUUUUCCUGUUACAGUACGGCACAGUUAUGCGACUUUACGUUUGUGACCUGGUUGUCCUCAAGCUGCCUAUGGACUAGGUUUGCAUCAAAGACUGCCUUCGAGCGAAAACCGCGUUUUAACCGCUACGGAACUUGAUUAAGUUCAAUGCAUGCUGCUUUUCCGGACAGACCUCCAAUAUAAACGUUGAGUGUAUUUGCAUGUAAUUGCUCUGUAUUGCUUCAUUUUCUUCAGUUUUUUUAACAGUGCAUCUGCUGUUUGGAUGACAGGACCAUAACUAAGGGUACUGGGACAGUGGUCUUAUACUGAAUGGUAUUGUUUGGGGAAAUGUGGUAACUAGUUAUUUCAUGAUCAUGUUCAUCUAAUUGUACAAUUGAUGUUUGCGGUCAGCCUAGGCAAACAUGCAAAGUCGAGACACAUUAAGAGGAGAUUUGGAGUAUAUUCAGUGUCAUUGUUAGAUGUUCAUGUUUAUUUUUCAGAGAAUAGUCUACAUUUCAGUUCUGCAGGAGAGCUAAUAUUUCAUAUGUUGAGUGUAGAUUAGAUGGACUUUUUUUAAUGAACUUUUUUGCCCCUCUUUGUUCCUUCUGCCUUACAUUUGCUGAUUAACAUGUCGGUACGGGAUUUUCAAAACAAAUACGAGAAUUAAGAAAUGGUGUAUUUACAAGUGCAAAGGGAGAUAUGGUAGUGAUAGUUAUUAAUCUAUUUUUAAGUUGUAAAAAGCUUGUAAUAUAGUAAAUAAUUUCAGGCAAUGAAGUCGUGGACUAAUCGUUACUUGAUGGUAUAUCCUCAUCCCUGAAUAUGGUUGAGGACGUUUUCUGAGACUAAUAGUUGUAUUUAAACGCCUUCUGUCUGCCAACAGAGGUCAGUGUACAUGUCUUUAGAGGAGCAUAACUUACAUUGAGAGAGGGUUAUCCUUUUCAUCAUUACAUGCUUAACUAAAGCCUGUCCACACCUGUUGAAAUAAAGCUGAGGAUAAAUGUAGUCAAA